UUUCGCUGCCUUGAUUAAUACAUGCAGUGCACGUAAAACCACGCUUUCAUGACGAGGAUUGAUUUAACAGUUUCCACUGUUAUAUAAUUUUCUUCAAGCUGGGAUCCUGAGCACUGUGUCACUUCUCUGUUGUUGCUUCUUUUAAAAGCCGUUCAAGUCGGAAUGGCUGAGCCGAGCGCCAGAUAUCAGCAGCUUCCCAAUGUGGAUGAUGCUGAUGGGUCUUCGCAGGUAGCUGCUGACGCCCCACCUCCAUAUAGCAGCAUCACAGACGACAAUGCUGCCUACUUUGACUACAAGGAAGACGGGAGUUUCCCCAAGCCUCCGUCCUACAACGUGGCCACCACACUACCUUCCUACGACGAAGCGGAGCGGACCAAAGCGGAGACAACCGUUCCCUUGGUAACCGCAAGACCUCAGCACAGGGAGCGUCUGGAGACGUUUGAUGAUGUAAUUCGCAGUUCUCUGGAGGAUGAAGACUUUGUGGCCAGGGAUGAUUUUGAAGAUGCUGAUCAGCUGAGGAUAGGCAACGACGGCAUCUUCAUGCUCACUUUCUUCAUGGCAUUCCUCUUCAACUGGAUCGGUUUCUUCCUGUCCUUCUGUUUGACAACCUCAGCAGCCGGCCGCUACGGGGCUGUCUCUGGCUUUGGUCUCUCCCUUAUCAAAUGGGUCCUCAUUGUCAGGUUCUCCACAUACUUUCCUGGUUACUUCGAUGGCCAGUACUGGCUGUGGUGGGUGUUCCUAGUGUUGGGCUUCUUGCUCUUCCUCCGAGGCUUCAUCAACUACGCCAGAAUCCGCAAGCUGGCCGACACUUUCUCCACGAUGCCCCGCACCCGCGUCCUUUUCAUCUACUGAGCUUACAAGCCUACCAUUUCCGCUCCCAAAAAAUGUAACAUUCAUUCCUCUGCUUGACACGAUGAGGACGCUUCUUCUUUGUCCUCUUUUUGGUGUAAAAUCUCUUAAACAAUCCUUGUUAUUGUUGACUCGUAAAAGUGCGGAUUGCUGAUUUAUGAAGUGAUGUCUUCUGCCUUAUUUACUGUCGUCGCAUACGCUGGCAUGCGCUGCUCCCUGCCACCAGAGGGCAGUGUUGUAUAAUAUCUGGCCAGGUCAUAUGUACAUAGCGAUGUGUGCACAGGUUAGCUCACACGAUAUAAAAUACUGAUAUAUUGCUUUUAACCUCUUGAUUUAGCGUAGUUAUGGUUGAUCAUUCAGGUUGUAUGAGGGAUAUAAUGAGCUGGUGUUAUUUUAGCAAUCAGUGAAAAUGUUGAAAUGUAACUGCUCAUAAUGCUGUUUGUAGACCACAAAACUGCUUUGGAAAUUAAAGUGGGGAAAAAAUGUUUAA